AUGGUAAGACUGCUGCUUGAGAAGAACGGAAUUGAUGCAAACUCCAAGGACAAUAACAGCCGGACAGCGUUAUCGUGGGCCGCACAAGGAGGGAAUGAGGAAGUGCUAGGACUGCUAUUAAGAGAGGAGGGCAUUGAUGUGAACUCUAAGGAUAACAACGGCUGGACAGCGCUAUCGUGGGCUGUAAAGAGAGGGAGAGAGGGGGUGGUAAGACUGCUGCUUGAGAAGAAGGGCAUUGAUGCGAACUCCAAGGACAAUAACGGCCGGACAGCGCUGUCGUGGGCAGCAGAGAAAGGGAAUAAAGAGGUUGUAGGACAGCUGCUUGACAAGGAGGGCAUUGAUGCGAACUCCAAGGACAACAACGGCCAGACAGCGCUGUUGUGGGCUAUAGAGAAGGGGCACAUAACGAUGGUGAAUCUGUUCACCAAAAGAGACAGCACCACCCUGAAUAUUGCAAUUCAGUGCAAGAAUCACCGUGUUAUUGAGCUGCUGCUCAAUGGGUUGGUGUAUACGAAGGAUAUCAUGGCGGUAAGUUGGCGCCACGCAUAUGGGCGACAACCAUCGGAUAUUUUGCUGCUGACGGAAGGAGAGGGCCAACGGAAAUCCCUGCGCUGUAUUGCAGAACGAGGAAUUCGACACGAACUAGCGCAGUGGUCAGCCGAAACUGGGAUAAGGAGAUCUCUCUUCCUAGUUUUGGACCUCUCGUCAUGGCAGAAUGACUUGUUUCCCGGCUUGGAGAAGGUGCUCACUUUAAAACACGGCCAAUUGCGCUAUUUCCAGGAGCCGAUUAAUGGAAUUGGCACUUGCUUCUGUGUUGCUGUCUGCUUCCCCCCCAGACAUGGUGCAGACCAGAAACACGGCAAUAUGCCUGCCUGGAACAAACGCGCAAUAGCGUGGACAAUGAUACCGCCCAAGGACCCAAGUGACGGACCAUCGAAGAUGAUAAACCACUUGAGCACACUGCCAUACGGUUGGAUUCCAGACGACGGUGUUGACUUCUUCAAGCAGUUCAUAAUCUGCUUAAAAGAUAGGUGGGUCGUUGGAUGUGACCUGGUCGAGGGAGAUCUGGCUAAACGUCGUGGCGACCAACUCCGUCAGAAAGGAGAAAGCCCUGAGCUCAUACGUAACCUGGCGAAAGAUGCUCAGACGUUGGCCGGUCAUCAUAACUUCCUACAAGACCAAGUCGCCACUGCUAAGGAGUUUGCAAAAGAGAGUGGAGGUUACCGUGAAGACAAUGCCCUGAAGGAUCUGCAGAACGUAAUAGAUGGCUUUGCAUACGACGUUAAUAAUCGUAUAAAACAACUGGACCAAACAAUAAGGGACCUUUUACAGUUUGAGUUUGCCUGGGUCUCGAUCAAUGAAGCACACAGAUCAACAAACAUUGCAACAAGCAUGAAACGUCUCAGCUGGAUCACUUUCAUCUUCCUACCAGCAUUGUUUGCUUCGGUAAGGCUUCGCAAUAUAUUCUAGUAUAGGCAUUUUAGCCACAGCUGCUAAUGGAGAGGUUUCGCAUGAAGAGUCUAUUUGGCAUGAACAUCGAUUUAUUGAAAGACAACCCCGAUUGGCGUUGGUAUGUCCUUUUUGGAGGAGCCUUUGUGAUAAUCACUUUUGCGAUAUGGCUCAUCUUCAAAUUCAAUCCUGUUCGUGGCAUCUCCUCAAGAGUGACAUUCCUUUGUCGUUACUGACAGACAUGCAGAAUAUCGAAUUAUGGAUUGAACGCAAAGUGGAGAAAAUACUGCAAAUGGGUCAGAAGCGCACACAAAGAGACACUGAAAGAGGCUGAACAAUGGAAAUAGAUCGUUUUCUUUUUGAGCUCUG